GAGAGACGCUUAACUCCCCGCACCGGGAGGCGAGAGGGGGCAGACGGCGGCGGCGGCGGCUCUCCCCCGGCCAGGCGCUGCGCCCUCCUCCUCCUCCUCCCCGGGAGCUGUGCGGUGACCGGCCAUGGAGCCGGGCAGCUCCCCGGGGCUGCCCCCCGCCUUCCUCCGCCCGCCCAGCCUCUUCUUGCGGGCGGCGGCCACUGGCGGCCCGGAGCGCGGCGCCUGCUCCCCGCGGACCCCGAAGUGCGCCCGCUGCCGCAACCACGGCGUGGUGUCCGCGCUCAAGGGCCACAAGCGCUUCUGCCGCUGGCGGGACUGCGCCUGCGCCAAGUGCGCGCUGAUCGCCGAGCGCCAGCGGGUCAUGGCCGCGCAGGUGGCGCUGCGCCGGCAGCAGGCGCAGGAGGAGAGCGAGGCCCGGGGGCUGCCGCGGCGGGCGCCGGCGGGCGGGGGCGCGAGCGCGGAGCUGCAGCCGGGGAGAAGAGAAGAACAGCUGCAGAGGUAUGACUCGUACUUCCGGGUGCUAGAAGGUCCUCUAGUCCUAUCACAUCCUCCUCCCCUGAUAUCUUCGCUUGAGUCAGCAGAAGCUAGUGGAAGCUGUAGAGUGAAGUCAUCUGGGCUGGAAAUCUCAGAAAAGGAAGAGAAUGUUCAGUGUCCUAGUCCGGAGCAGCAGUUGGAAGGUGUAGAAAGUUCAGGAUCCCUUUCUUCUUCAGACAUGGAAUCAGGAAAUGAAAGUGAAUGGUCCAAGGAUUUUGCUGCCCCCCGUUUCAGUCUGCCUGCUGCUGCUUCAAGACACAGAGACCCACUUGGCAUUCUCACCAAAGUCUUUCCUAGUCAUAAACGAAGCAAGCUGGAGAGUAUCCUGCAGUUCUGCAAAGGAGAUGUGGUCCAAGCCAUAGAACAGAUCUUGAGUAGGAAAGAGAAUAAACAAAAUGUCAAAGACUUUGCAAACCCAUCUAGAUCUGAAUUUAGUGCCUUACAGAGAGCCUCUAAUUUUAGCCUCACAGGAUUAGGUGUUGGAGCAUUUGGCAAUACAUCAGCUUUCUCCCCUCUUCAAACCGGUUCUACAUCAUUUGGAAGUGCAACAAAUCUUUAUAGCCUAAACCCUAGACUGGGAAUUAGCCCUCUAAAACUGGCUUAUUCCACCCCUGGAAGAGGGCUGCCUGGAUUUAUGUCACCCUACUUAACACCUGGACUGGUUCCAGCUUUGCCUUUUCACCCAGCAAUGGACUUCUCCUUUUCAGGAGCGAUCAAGGAUGCUUCUUACUUUCCGAGUAAAGAGUCUGUCACUAGCAGUGGAAUUUUCUCAAGGCUAAAUCAAGAAAACCAGUAGUGCCUUUAGCAUAUUCCCUUUCAUAAUGCACUUCCAAAAUAUGCAGCUGUGAUGACAUCUGGACUAGUAUGUCAAGCCUCAUAAAGGAUGCUUUAAUCUCACAGUCCAUAGAAUAUUAUAUUAGAAGUGGCAGAACGCUUCCAGUUCCUUUAAAAAAGAACAUAAUGAGGCUCUGUACACCUUUUUGAAUGUGAAUUUUUUAAAAAAAUUUUAACGUAGAAUGGUUUGCAAAACUCAAAUUUUUUUAAGCAAAAAAGAAAAUACUUUAAAUUAUGUGUUUUUUCCAUCCAGAAUAUCUGCUGAAUAUCUGUGAAGAGCUGGUUUAAAAAUUAGCACUGAUUUUAAAACUGAGGUUUUUUUUAUUAUACAUAUAUUUUGUUUGUAUACUGUCUUCAAAUUGUUUUGUACAUGAAACAAUAACUAGGAUAUAUUUGUUUGUGAACAGAAAUAGUUGAAUUAUAAGGAAAGUCCAUUAUAACUUUCCUCUCCCUUAAAAAAAAAAUGUUUAAUCAACUCUGUGUACUUAUUUUUGUUUGUAUCAUUGACUUUGGAGACUAAGACCAAGAUUUUCAAAAAUGAGUCCUUAAUGUUAAGUUGAUAAAUCCAUUGUUAGCACUAAAAUAAGCAACCUGAUUUUUCAAAAGAUCUUACUGAAGUAAAUAGAUGCUGCUGGGUGCUAACACUUUUGGAAAAUCAGGCUCUUCAUUUAGGUGUCUAAGGCCCUGAUCCUGUAAAAAAGGUAUGCACAUACUUAAUUUUGCAUUCUGAGAAUAGCCCCAUUUAAGUUACAGUGCUUGAUUCUCAAUUGUGAUCAAUCAGCAUAGCUCAGCUGAAGUCAGUAGAACUCUGCUAAUUUAAGUCAGCUGAGAAUCUGGCUCAAUGUGUAAAGUUAAGGCUAUGUGAACAUUUUUGCAGUAUCGAGGCCUAAAUGUGGAUGUAGGAGCCUGAUUUUAGGCACCCAUUUUUAACAGUGUUAGUCCAAAUAUAAAAACUGUACUUCAGCGUGGGGUUUGAAUUUCUGAAAAUCAGUCCUUUGUAUACACUGAAUACAAUCCAUAUUUUGGGUUGUAGUUUGGAUUUUUUAAUUGUAUUGUGGAUUUUUUUCAUUCAUAAAAUUCUUAUCAAAUGAU